UAUGACAAUUGAUACCCAUCAGGCCAUCAAUAUUUUUAUGCAAAUUGCAAUAUUUUGCGUCAGAAAAUAUACUCGUUUAAUUUUUGGAUUUCUUGUGGUUUCAUUGUCUGAUUUAAUGCUAUCAUUUAGUACACUUCAGUUUUUUGUGUAACUUUUCAGCUUCUAAAAAGAUUUUCGUAAUUCCCUAUUUGACAAUAUUUAAUGAUUUUAAACAUUAGUCAUUACUUGUUACAGACCUUAUUUUAAAAUUUUAUUGUUCUGUAUAUUAUUUUGAAGUGAACACAAUGUCUUUAAAUAUACCGGAAUGUCCACCCAGUUUGAAAAGUAUACAAUAUUAUCUUAAAACCGCAUCUGAACAUGAUUCUCGAGACCCUGUUAUAGCAUAUUGGUGUCGCCUUCAUUCAUUACAAGUCGGACUUAAACUAACGACAAAAAAAACACCAGAUGAAACCAAGAUUUUAAUGGCUAUCAUGGACUGGUUGGAAGAAGCUAAAAAGAUAAACAAGGAUAAUGAUGCUAUAUCAAAUGAGGUGGUGGCUCAAGCACAUUUGGAGAAUUAUGCUCUUAAGUUAUUCCUCUUUGCAGACAAGCAAGACAGAGAGCAAAAUUAUGGAAAGAAUGUAGUGAAAUCUUUUUUCUUGGCGGGCAUGAUUUAUGAUGUCCUUACCACUUUUGGUGAAUUGACUGAUGAAGCAGCCCAAAACAUGAAAUAUGCUAAGUGGAGAGCAGCCCACAUUCACAGCUGCUUAAAGAAUGGAGAAAUGCCAGAGCCUGCUUCACAACUAACUGAGAACAGUAACCAAAAUGACGCCGGAUCAAGUGAUGGUGGGCAAGCAACUCAAGGACCUCCUACAAGCUUUCCACAAGAGUUUGGAUUUACUGAUAGCACUUUGUCCCAACCUGCUAUACCUACCACCUACAGCAACUCUUUACCGGAUCCAAAUGCUGCAUUAAGAGCAGCAUCACAACUUCCCCCAGUACCUUACACGCCUGACCCUAACCCUGGGGGUUUUGUACCAUAUGAUCCCUCAGAACAACCACAACCGUCUCCUUCGACGGCCUCCUAUGGAGAUAAUUCGAUGGUUUUUGCUCAGCUUAGUCCUGAUCAAAUUGCUAAGGCACAGAAAUAUUGCAAAUGGGCUAGCAGUGCAUUGAAUUACGAAGAUAUUAAAACUGCAAUUUCAAGUUUGAGGAAUGCUCUAGAGCUCCUUCAGACAGGACAUGAUCCAGCUUAAAGCUAUUAUUGUAUUGUAAUAUUCAAUCAAAUUAUUAUAAGUAUUAAAGGUAUGUAUAUAAAUUCAUAUGUGAAUAUAAUGCAAAUUGUAUAUGCAUUUAAUAAAGUUAUACAACAAAA